CACGUCGGGAUGGCGGCUCCCGUGGACGAUGCGGAACUGCGAGAUGCUCAGCGAGAAUACCUGGAUUUCUUGGAAGACGAGCAGGACCAAGGGAUUUACCAGAGUAAAGUCCGCACCAUGGUUAGUGACAACCAGUACCGUUUGAUUGUCAAUAUCAACGACCUCCGAAGGAAGAACGAGAAGAGAGCCAACCGCCUGCUGAACAACUCCUUUGAAGAGAUGGUGGCAUUCCAGCGUGCCCUGAAGGAAUUGGUCGCUUCCGUGGAUGCCACGUACUCCAAGCAGCAUGAAGAGUUCUACAUCGGUCUUGAAGGUAGCUUCGGGUCGAAGCACGUGACGCCCCGGACUCUGACGUCCCAGUUUCUCAGCUGCAUUGUCUGCGUGGAGGGCAUUGUGACAAAAUGCUCUUUGGUGCGCCCAAAGAUUGUCCGCAGUGUGCAUUACUGCCCUGCUACCAAGAAAACGAUCGAACGCCGGUAUACAGAUAUGACAUCUCUGGAAGCUUUUCCAUCCAGUGCCGUUUACCCCACAAAAGAUGAAGAGAACAACCCUCUGGAGACCGAGUACGGCCUGUCUACCUACAAGGACCAUCAAACCAUCGCCAUCCAAGAGAUGCCGGAGAAAGCGCCCGCCGGGCAGCUCCCUCGCUCCGUGGACAUUAUUCUGGAUGACGAUUUGGUGGACGCGGUCAAGCCCGGCGACAGAGUGCAGGUCAUCGGGACCUUCCGUUGCCUGCCAGGGAAGAAAGGCGGCUACACUUCAGGGACGUUCAGGACCAUUCUGAUCGCCUGCCACGUGAAGCAAAUGAACAAGGAGAACCUGUGUACCAUCCUAGCCAGCGACAUCUCCAAGAUAAAAAGGUUUAGCAAAAGCCGCUCCAAGGAUAUCUUUGACCAGCUGGCGAGGUCUCUGGCUCCCAGUAUCCACGGGCACGAGUACAUCAAGAAAGCCAUUCUCUGCAUGCUCUUGGGAGGGGUAGAGAAGGUUCUGGAGAAUGGAAGCCGCCUGCGAGGGGACAUCAACAUCCUGCUCAUUGGCGACCCCUCGGUGGCAAAGUCUCAGCUGCUGCGUUACGUUUUGUGUACCGCUCCCCGGGCCAUUGCCACGACCGGCAGGGGCUCCUCUGGUGUCGGCCUGACAGCUGCUGUCACAACAGAUCAGGAAACGGGGGAGCGCUGCCUGGAAGCAGGGGCCAUGGUCCUAGCGGACCGGGGAGUGGUGUGCAUCGACGAAUUUGACAAGAUGUCUGACAUCGACCGCACUGCUAUCCACGAGGUGAUGGAACAGGGGCAUGUGACCAUUACCAAGGCAGGCAUUCAGGCCCAGCUGAACGCCCGCUGUAGUGUCCUCGCGGCUGCCAACCCGGUGUAUGGAAGGUAUGAUCAGUACAAAACCCCGAUGGAGAACAUCGGCCUUCAGGACUCCUUGCUCUCCCGCUUCGAUCUGCUCUUCAUUGUCUUGGAUCAGAUGGAUCCGGAGCAAGAUCGGGAGAUCUCGGACCACGUUUUGAGGAUGCACCGCUACCGAGCCGAUGGUGAACAAGACGGGGAUGUCAUGCCUUUGGGUAGCUCAGUCGAGCGGCUGGCGACCGAGGACCCCGGCCUUGCGGAGGAGGAGGAGCAGGAGCUGCAGGUAUAUGAAAAACACGACAACCUCCUGCAUGGGCCAAAGAGACGGAAAGAGAAGACAGUAAGCGUGGAGUUCAUGAGGAAAUACAUCAGCUUUGCCAAGAUGCUCAAGCCGGUGUUGACCGAGGAGGCAGCGUCGUUCAUAGCCAAGUCCUACUCUGAGCUUCGCAGUCAGGAAGAGGUGAACUCUGACGUCGCUCGGACUUGCCCUAUCACGGCCCGUACGCUGGAAACGCUGAUCCGGCUCUCCACCGCACACGCCAAAGCCCGAAUGUGUAAAACCAUUGAUGAGGAGGAUGCCAUGGCUGCUUUGGAUCUGGUCCAGUUUGCCUACUUCAAAAAGGUUCUGGAGAAAGAAAAGAAACGAAAGAAGCAGUCCAGAGAUGAUACAGAGGAAGAAACCGAUGAAGAAGCCGAACAGGAAACCAAACAAAAGCAGAAAAAGAGAAGGAAGACGCGUUCUAGUGAUCAAACGGCCACAGAAGGGGAAUCAUAUGACCCCUAUGACUUCAGUGACAAGGAAGAGGAAAUGCCUGAGGUUCAGGCACGGACUCCCAAAUCUCCUGAUCCUCCAGGAACUGGAGAGACUAAAACAAAGCUGGAUGAAUCUAGGCUGAAAGAAUUCAAGGCCGCCCUUCUGGAGGUCUUCCGAUCUACUCACGCCCAGUCAGUGGGCCUGGAGAACCUGAUGAAGUCCGUCAACCAGGACAGGCCGAAGCCCUUCUCGUCCUCUGAGGUGAAGGCGGCCCUGGAGCAGAUGCAAGACGACAACCAGAUCAUGAUGUCAGAUGACAUAGUUUUCCUGAUCUGA